UAAAAAGAAAAUACGAAAACUCGUUAUACAUUCUGGGAAUGCUACAAUAUCCGUACUACAGAGAUCUAAGAGUCUUCGCUGAAGCUAAUCCUGAUCUGAUCGAUUUACCAGUAGAUAAUAUUACCGAUCUCAUGUUGAAACUUAUGCCGACUGUUGACGAGAUGUUCAGUACGUGCUAUUGGAGAGGCACCGGUUUCAAUUGUUCGGAUAUAUUACGAUUGCAACGAACUGAAGAAGGAUUUUGUUAUUCGUUCAACAGCAAGACGUCAGAAAGGAUGACAACUGACAGCGAAUACAACCCGCCAAUCGCCAAACCUGAUGGGGGCCUCAUGCCGCUUAGAAAUAACGUUGCGGGCAAGAUGACUGGGCUCGAGUUGAUCAUGAAGAGUUUGAUCACCGAAUACUUCCCGGAGGACAAGCGGUCCAAAGGAUACAAUAUAAUGGUACACACGCCAGAGGAUUUUCCAGACAUUUCAAGCAGCUACAAAGUGUACAGCGAACUAAACCAAUCUUCGCGGAUAUCAGUGAGCGUGAGCAUCAUACGGGCGGACGAAUCGCUAAACCGGCUCAGCGAAAAUGACCGCAAGUGUUUCCUGUACGAGGAGAGGACGACGAGGUCGAAGAACUUCCCGACGGCCAGAAGCAACGCAGAGGACAACUGCUACAGCGAAUGUCGGCUGAGGGCCACUUAUAAAAUGUGCAAUUGCACUCCGUACUACUUUUACGAGGAAGAGAGCGAGCAACAUUGUGGAAUUGAACACAUACAAUGUCUCAGCAAACUCAAAGUGCUCCAACGCAACGUUCAGGUUUCAGAAGAAGAACUUGGAGAUCCCAAAUGGAAAGCACAGGAUUACAUGAACUGCAGUUGCCCGCACCCGUGUUCGUUCGUAGGAUACACGACCGAAAUCCGUAACCAUCCAAAGGACUUCUUGCCUCACACACAAUUUCCACAUGCUUAUACACACAUAGAGGUACACUACAAAGAAAGAUUUGCAAUCAGUUACCUAAGGUCUAUGAUGUACACUACACAGGAUUUAUUAGUGACAUUUGGUGGGAUGGCAAGUUUGUUUCUUGGCUGCAGUUUGGUCAGCGUGGUGGAGAUAAUUUAUGUUAUCUACAAAUCGUUAAUCAUGCUCAAACACAAAUACACCAAAGUCCAAACAGUUUCAAAACCAGAUCAGCAACUCAUUUCAUACCGCCGCCAUCAUAAUAUGUAUCAUUUUUGCAAACCUUUGUACAAGCCACCAAGCAUUAGAUUACCAGAAAUCUGCGAGAAAGACAAAUAUUAA